AUGGAGACGGAUAGUUCUCAAGAAACACCCACUCCACCCAGCGACGGUGUCAUCUAUACUCGCUGGGGUAACGAUGUAUGUCCUGAAGAUGCAGAACUCAUCUAUUCAGGAUCUAUUGGAGGUGCACGCUACACUCAUACUGGUAGCGGCUCUAAUCAUCUCUGCAUGCCGGACGAGCCUAUCUAUGACGAAGUAACAGCUUCCUCAGUCGAUGAUGGCCGAGCCCUACUAUACUCCUCUGAAUACGAAGUCAGUAAUGGCCCUUCACGCAUCCGACCGAUGCAUAACCAUUCUCCGACCUGUGCAGUCUGCAGGGCGCCCUCUGGCCGCACCAGUAAACUUAUGAUUCCUGCCCGCAACGUAUGUCCUUCUCAAGAGUGGCGUUUAGAGUACGCAGGUUAUCUUAUGGCAGAUUACCACGGAUACAAGAAAUCGGAAUUUAUUUGUGUGGACCGCGAGAUGGUUCCUAAAGCGGGGACGGGCGAGGAGAAUCAGAAUGGUGCGCUGUUGUACAUGACAGAAGUCCGGUGUCUGGCGGGAGGGGGCUUGGAUUGUGGAUCCUACAUCGAUGGUUACGAACUUACUUGCGCUGUCUGUACUAUCUGAAGUCCUACUUAUACAUUCCACUUCAUUCUGUGUAGUUUGACACAGUUGUCAGUUCUUGUCAUGCUUUUAGAACACCUUAGUUUCAUACACACAACAGUGAUAAAAUGUACACCUUAGUUUCACACACACACAAGUGAUAAAGUGUAAGCCUUAGUUUCAUACACACGACAGACUGUGAUAAAAUGUACAUUUUUGUUUCAUACACAUACCAGUAAUAAAGUGCAUUAAACCUUUGUUUCAUACACACAGUAGUGAUAAAAUGUCCACCUUAGUUUCAGACACAUACCAAUGAUAAAGUGUAGUAAACCUUCAUUUUUACACACAACAGUGAUUAAGUGUCUGAUCAAAUUAGGCCUGGUUUGUCGAUGGUUUUCUAAAUGUUGUAAUGCAUUGAAUUUCAUGGUAGAUUUUCUUUUCAUUCAGGAAAGAAUAGUUCCUUUUGCUAACCUGAAUUUUCUGAAACAAGUUAGCUUUCAUUUUUACAGCAGUAUGAUACGAAUCCCAUUGAUCGUUCAAUGUAUAU